UUUGAAAUUUUCCAUCCAUUUACUAAAAACGAAAACAGAAAAAUAAAAACUACACGCGCUCUGAAAUAUCAGCCCUAAUAUAUGGCACAUAUCCUCUUCAUCACGCUUCGUUUUAUCGCUCACACAGUGAAAGAGGCAAGCCAACAUUAGCGAAUCGGCUUAACGACCAGAAAAAUAAAGAACAGAACACAUUAAAAUUCGAUUGAAAGCACAAGAAGAUAAAUUUGGUAAUGAUGCCGCUGUUAACUUGUAAUGCGUGUAAUGCAGAGUUCGAAGAAGAGGCGGCGCAAAGACUCCAUUACAAGUCCGAAUGGCACCGCUACAACCUCCGCAGAAAGGUUGCAGGAGUUCCUGGUGUGACAGAAGCAUUAUUUGAAGCAAGGCAGCAAGCUUUGGCAAAUGAGCAGAAGGAACUUGAAGGCAACCGGAUGUUGUAUAACUGUGCCCUUUGUGGUAAAGAAUAUAGAAGUACCAAGGCCCAUGCUCAGCAUCUUAAAUCAAGGGCACAUAUUUCUCGUGCAUCUGAGGUCUCAGACUUGCAAAGUGCUGGAAUUACUGUCAUUAAGCCACUCCCAGAACGAGCCACAAGAUCCUCAACUACUCACGACGAGGAAAAAGAAGAAGAUUCUGAAAACAGUGAGGAAUGGGAGAUGGUUGAAGAUGAUGAUGACAUUGUUAGUUUAGCAACAGAGUCUUUGGGGAGUUUGGAUGUUAAUAAAUCAGAUUCAGGAUAUGCUAGAAGCAAAUCUGGUUUAUCAAGAGGCGAGCUCCAGUGGGAUGCUAGCUGCUGCUUUAUAUGUGAUUUUAGGCCAGAUGGAACAAUUGAGAGCUGUGUAGAACAUAUGCACAGGACACAUGGGUUUUUUAUACCUGAUGCAGAAUAUUUAAAAGAUCCCCAUGGAUUACUCAACUAUCUUGGGCUGAAGGUAACAGAGGAUUUCAUGUGUUUGUAUUGCAAUGAGAAAAGACAGCCAUUUCAAAGUCUAGAAGCUGUCAGGAAGCAUAUGAUCUCAAAAAACCACUGCAAAUUACACUAUGGAGAUGGCGAUGAAGAAGAAGAUAGCGAUCUAGAUGAAUUUUAUGACUACACUAGCAGUUAUGUAGAUGAAAGUGGGAUGCAGAUAGUGGCCACAGAGGAAAACCUGGAUGCAAACUUUGAACUUGGCUUUGGAGGUGCUGAACUUGUAAUUAAAAAGACAUCAGAAAAUGGGAUAUCAAGCAAGAUGCUUGGUUCUCGUGAAUUUCUAAGGUAUUAUCGUCAGCGACCACGGCCUACAGUUGAGAGAGAUACUGCUCUUUCUAGGGCAUUAGUCUCAAGAUAUCAUAGCAUGGGUUUGGCAACAAUUCAAUCGAGAGACAAGGCAUUGAGGCGACAUGCAUUAAAGAAAAUACAAACUUAUGGAGUAGAGGCAAUGCGCACAAAAGUAGGGAUAAAGAAUAAUGUGAUCAGGGCCCUGCCAAAAAAUGUUCCAUAUUGAGAUUACCUGUUCCGUUUAGUAAAUUCUACUAUUUAGCUUCUGUCCAAUGUUGGAUAUGGAGUCAUUUGGUCUGUUGCUUUAUGCAAAAAGAAUUAUAUGGAUGCAUAACAUAUUUCAUUGUAUUGUAAACUUUGCAUUCCCUUCUUGAGCGGCACCUUUGUGCGUAGUGAAUAUGUUGAUAUUUUGAGAGAGAAUAUCAUCAGCUUAUCUAUUCUGUGGAUA